GGUGUCUGACUGGUUGUAUUGUUUGUGUUUGAAGGAAAGACGCUUAUAGCGCCGAAUUUCAUUGUUGGCGUAUGAAAUAAAUAUAUUUUGUGCAGUGCAGAAAAUCACUUUCGGCCGAUAUGACUGAAGAGUUGGAGAAGCCACCUCCAGCUAUCUUGAAGCUGGCGAAAAUGAAGUUCGUUUUGACCCUUCCCGAGCACCGGCUGGACAACGCCCUGCGAGCGCAGCUGCUGGAAGGCAUCGUCAAGGAGAACAUGGCCCCCUACUAUAAGACGGUCUGUGCCGACCUCGGCUGGCCGGUCGACGAGGACCUCCUGAAGAAAAUGAGCGCCGCCUACGAGGAGGAGCUCGCCAGGUUCGACGCGAGGGACGGGAUCGAUGACGAGGACGACCACUCGUCGGGCUGGCGGGACAAGCUGGACUACCUGUGCUCCAUGGGGGACCGGGAGGGCGCGGAGCGGCUGGCCGGGAGCAAGCUGGGGGACCGGGCCCUGUCGACGCGGUCGCGGCUGCACGCGUGGUUCGCGCUGUUCCGCUCCGCCCUCCUGCACGGCUGCGACCGGGACGGCAUGCGGCAGGCCGUGGAGGGGGCGGAGGCCCUGGUGGCGGGCGGGGCCGGCGACUGGGGCGCCAGGAACAAGCUGAAGGCGUACCGGGGCCUGUACGCCCUCGCGGUGCGGGACUACGACGCGGCGGCCCGACUCCUGCUCGACUGCGUGCCGACCUUCGAGUCGCACGAGCUGGCGUGCUUCGAGGACGUGGCGCGGUACGCGACGCUGGCGUGCAUGCUGGUGCUGCCGCGCGGCGAGCUGGCGCGGGCCCUGGCGCGGAGCGGCGAGAUGGCGCAGGCACUCGCCGACCGCUGCCCGGCGCUCGGCGAGUACUUCCGGUCGCUGCACGAGUGCCGCUACGCCGACUUCUUCGCCAGCCUGGCGGGCGUGGGGGCGGAGAUGCGCCUCGACCCGCUGCUGCACCCCCACUACCGCCAGUACGUGCGCGGCAUGCGGCUGCGCGCGUACGACCAGUCUCUCCGCGCGUACAGCUCGCUCGGCCUGCGCAGGAUGGGCGAGACGUUCGGCGUGAGCGAGGACUUCGUGGAGCGGGAGGUGGCGCGCUUCGUGGCGGAUGGGCGGCUGCGGUGCCGGAUCGACAAGGUGGCGCGGGCGGUGGUGACGCAGUUCUGCGGGGCGGAGUGCAGCGAGCACGGCGACGAGGUGGCCGCCUACUUCUCCGGGGCCGUCCACGACCGCGAGGUCAUGUACCAGAAAAUUAUCAAACAUGGUGACAAUGUCCUGAACCGCACUAAGAAGCUGGCGAGGGUUAUUGAUUUUUAAGCUGCCCAAAUUUAUAAAUGUUACAAAAAGAAAAGAAAAAAAUUGUAGAAAGUUCAUGAACAGUAUGUCCUUUCAUUGUAAUACAGGUUUUUAAGUCAUUUGUGCAUGUUUGCACAAAAAUGUCUUUGCCUGGUUGUUCAAAAUUAUUCAAAAUACAAAUUUAAGAAUUAUUGUCAAAUUGUUGUAUACUUUAACAAAUAUGUUAACAUUAUAUGUUGCAACUACUUUUAAGUUAUUUUCUUUGUGAUAUGUUUUAACUGAAGUUCUUUGUGUUGUUAACAAUGGAAAUAUUUUAAGUAAAUUAAUAGUUACCUAAUUUUUAUUACUUUCUUAACAAUUCUUGCUACUAAAGUGUACAUUUCAGUAAACUGUGAUAAGCUUAAUAAAAUAUGUUACAUUAUCAAUUUUUAUAAAUUCAAUUUAUUAUACAACUUGUGAAUUCUUUUCCAAGCAUGUAUGGUGCUCCCAAUUUGCUCGAAAUACUAAGGAAUUUGAUGGAUGAACAAAUGCAUUAAUCAUGAUAAAGUUAAAUAUAUUAAAUAUUAAAACAAAUAGUAUACCACCAUAUAAAAUGGAAAAGAAAAAAAAUUGAAUAAAAUGUAGGUAUAAUUGAAGGGUGCCACAUUAAAACAUUGUUGAUGCCAUAAUUUGAAAUAUAAAUUUUUUAUUUAUGUAUU